GAUAGAUAAAACAGCAAAAACCUGUUACUAAAGUCAAGCAAACUAGGUUGUGUACAAGCGCGCCGUUACGUGGCUAACAAGGGGCGGGGUUGGUAAACUAUAAGCAAGUUAGGUUGCCGUUUGCGCGUGCGUACUUAAUCUCUCUGCGGAAGGAAGGAGAUUGAAUCUUCCUCUGUGGCCAUUGGAAGGAGCUACCUGGAGCCAGGUUGGAGUUUAUGCCAUAACGACGUCUUUGAGGCGAGUGGAGGGAGGGCCCCUCCAUGCCAGGGCCGCGAGGCCCAAGCGUUCGGCCUGCUCCUUCCGCUGCCAUCCUUUCUAACGUCGCCGCCGCCCUGGUGCUCUUGUGGCUUUUUUUGCUGCUUUGCGUCCCUCUAAGGGAGGCGGCGGCGUUUUCGGAGGGUGAUGGCCGGCCCGGAUUAGGACUCAGUGGCGCUGCAGCCGCGGCGCUUCCGUUAGUAGGUGAUGUGACUGUGGAAGACGAUGAGGCCAGUGGCGUGGCCCAGGCCGCAUCCUCCGCGGAACAGGAGGAAGAAGCAAUGGAAGCUCCCACCCAAAGCGGUAGUUUCAGAUCAUUAAUAAUUAUAAGUACUUUGGAUGGACGGAUUGCUGCUUUAGAUCCAGAAAACAGUGGUAGAAAACAGUGGGAUCUGGACGUGGGAUCAGGUUCUCUUGUUUCAUCUAGUCUUAGUAAACCAGAGGUGUUUGGGAAUAAAAUGAUAAUUCCCUCCUUGGAUGGAGAUCUUUUCCAGUGGGAUCGUGAUAGAGAGAGCAUUGAAGCUGUUCCAUUCACUGUUGAGUCACUUCUUGAAUCAUCCUACAGAUUUGGAGAUGAUGUAGUUCUGGUUGGAGGAAAGUCCCGAACAACAUAUGGGCUGAGUUCAUAUUCAGGAAAGGUAAAAUAUAUAUGUUCAGCAAUGGGCUGUCGUCGCUGGGAUGAUGAUGAGCUAGAGCAGGAAGAUAUUCUUCUCCUACAUAGAACUCAGAAAACUGUUCGUGCUGUUGGGCCCCGCAGCGGCAAUGAAAAGUGGAAUUUUAGCGUUGGUCAUUUUGAACUACGUUAUCUCCCGGAGACUGAAACAAGGGUAGGAUUUCUUGAAGGGAAUAUGAAAUCAAAUAUUAACAAAGAAGAUUCUAAAAUUAUUUCGGAAGUAGAAGAACAGGAAGCUACAAUGAAGGAUACAGUGAUAAAGGUUUCAGUAGCUGACUGGAAGGUUAUGGCAUUUAAUAAGAAGGAAGGACAUCUGGAAUGGGAAUAUCAGUUUUGCACUCCGGUUGCUUCUGCUUGGUUGGUGAAAGAUGGCAAAGUAAUUCCAAUCAGUCUCUUUGAUGACACAAGCUAUACCUCUAAUAAUAAUAUCUUAGAGGAUGAAGAAGAUCUUGUGGAAGCUGCUCGAGGAGCUACUGAAUCCAGUGUUUAUUUAGGAAUGUAUAGAGGUCAGCUAUAUCUUCAGUCAUCCGUUAGAAUUUCUGAAAAAUUCCCUACUAACCCUAAAGCUUUGGAAUCCAGAAAUGAUAAUGCCGUUAUGCAUUUGCCUACGAUCAAGUGGAAGCCUUUGAUUCAUUCUCCAUCAAGAACACCUGUGCUGGUAGGAUCUGAUGAAUUUGAUAAAUGUCUCAGCAAUGACAAGUUUUCUCAUGAAGAAUAUAGUAAUGGUGCUCUCUCAGUUCUGCAAUAUCCAUAUGAUAAUGGCUAUUUUUUACCAUACUACACACGAGAGAGGAAUAGACGAAGCACACAGAUAACUGUAAGAUUUUCUGAUAAUAUGAAUUCAAAGAUCAUCCGAAAAAAAGAUCCAGUUCUACUUCUGCACUGGUGGAAAGAAAUUGCUAGUACCAUCUUACUCUGUAUUAUAGCCACAACUUUCAUUGUGCGCAGGCUUUUCCAUCCUGAUGCUCAUAACCGGCAGCGGAAGGAAUCUGAAACACAGUGUCAGACAGAUAAUAAAAAUGAACAAACCAAAGACAACAGCAGAGAUGACCUUAAGAAUUCUGGAUAUGUGUCAAGGUAUCUGACAGAUUUUGAACCAGUUCAGUGUCUCGGUCGUGGAGGUUUUGGAGUAGUAUUUGAAGCCAGAAACAAAGUUGAUGAUUGUAACUAUGCUAUUAAAAGAAUUCGUCUGCCAAAUAGGGAGCUGGCACGUGAAAAGGUUAUGCGUGAAGUUAAAGCAUUAGCAAAACUUGAACACUCCUCUAUUGUUCGAUAUUUCAAUGCUUGGUUAGAAACACCACCUGAGAGCUGGCAAGAAAGAAUGGAUGAGUUGUGGUUGAAAGAUGAGAGUAUUGAUUGGCCACUCAGUUCUCCCAGUCCAAUGGAGGUGCCAUCGUUUAAAAUCAAAACAGAGCCAUUUUCUACUGAGGAAAACAUUGAAGUCAUUGCUACAUCUGUAGAAAAGAAGACUCUGAUUUCUGUAGGAAUAUCUUAUGACCAGUCAGAUUCAUCAGACAAUAAGUUUUCUCCUUUGGAGUUUUCUGGCAUCGAGAACAGAGAUUUGAUUCAAUUGGCACGUGCAGAAAAUAAUUUCACUCAUAGCUAUGAUAUGGAAGGCAGUCCUGUUGAUGAUAAUGAUCCUGUACAUUCCUUUGAAGUUUAUCUUCCUGCUAAAUCAGUAGUAAGGUUGAGGGAACGAACAUCUUCUUCUAUUGUCUUUGAAGACUCUGAUUGUGACAAUUCUCCCAAUAAAACGGGUAAUGUUACCAGUUUGCUUCAUGAUAGCCAUUUUGAAGAUAAAGUGACAAGCACAAGAGAGUCCAAUAAUAGAAACUCAUCUUCAACAAGCUCUUCAUCUGUUUCUCCACCAAGACCAACAACUUUAAGUUUGGACUGCUCUAACAACUCUGUUCAAAAACUUUUACCUACCACUCCAAAAGUGUAUCUUUAUAUCCAGAUGCAACUUUGUAAGAAAGAAAACCUUAAAGAUUGGAUGAACCGAAGAUGUACAAUAGAGGAGAGAGAAAGGACUGAGUGCCUUGUGAUAUUCCUGCAAAUAGCUGAAGCUGUCCAGUUCCUGCACAGUAAAGGAUUAAUGCAUCGGGAUCUCAAGCCUUCCAACAUUUUUUUUACAAUGGAUAAUAUAGUAAAAGUUGGAGAUUUUGGCCUAGUAACUGCAAUGGACCAUGAUGAGGAGGAAGAAUCUGUUUUAACACCAAUUCCAGCUUACGACAGACACACAGGGCAAGUUGGGACCAAACUCUACAUGAGUCCAGAACAGAUUUAUGGAAAUGCUUAUUCACACAAAGUCGACAUAUUUUCCUUAGGAUUGAUCUUGUUUGAGCUUCUUUACCCUUUCAGCACUCAGAUGGAGAGAGUCAGGAUUUUAAGUGAAGUAAGAAACCUGACUUUCCCACCACUGUUCAUUAAGGAAUAUGCACAGGAGCAUAAGAUGGUAAAGCACAUGCUCUCCCCAAGUCCCACAGAAAGACCAGAGGCUGCAGAAAUUAUUGAAAAUCCUCUUUUUGAAGAUUUGGAAUUCCUUGCAAAACCAGUGCUCAGGCAACGAUCCCGGACAAUGAGUUCAUCUGGAGUCAAGCAUUCAAGAUAGCUGAGUAAAUAAGUUGGCACAAUUACAGGAACCUUGAAAAAGAGCUUAAAUGACCAUUUAAAACAUUCCUGCAAUAUUCAUAUUCUAAGCUUCAUUUUUUUGUUAUCUGAUUCAUGCACAAUACUAUUACCAAAUGAAACUAAGAACUGAAUGCUUUCAGUCUUUUUCAAGUGAAUGAUUUUCACUUCAAAACCUGGACUGAUUUAAUUACAGUACAUUAUUUUGCAUUUGAAUCUUGUACAAAUGAUGCUUAUUAUGUAAAUAAAACUAAAUCCUGUAUUUUUAUAGAAACAAUGCCUUCUAAUACCAAUAUAUAAGCCUUGAUUCCUUUAUAUUUAAAAAAAAUGAAGAUGAUCCGAAAGGAUGCUAGAAAAGUAAAUUCAAUUUUGUCCUGGUAACCUACAAAGUGAAAAUUGUUUUACUGUCAGUUGCCAGGUUUAGAGCAAUAGUGUGAUAGGCUUCUUUUCGGAGAAAUUAAUUGAAGAAAAUGUUUAAAUUAAAUGAAAAAUAUGCUGAUUAAAAACAAACACUGUGUUGGAUAUGGUUUUGAAUUAUGCCAGAACCAAAUGAGGCUUUUUUUUUCUUUUUGUACUUUCAGGAAUAUAUGCCUAAUAUAAUCUUGAUAUAAAAAUUUUGUAGUAAUCAAGUCUUACACAUUUCUCAGUUAAAAUGUUACUGUUUAAUAAUGCCUUUUUCAAUGUAAAUAUGUUAAUUUUUAUUUAUAAAAUUGGAAGAACAAUCCAUUUGGGUUGGUAGUGUACAGCAUGCACUUAAAGUAAUUAUUAAGUGCAUUAAACUACUGUGACUUUUUUCAAGUCUGAUUUAAUAAAAUCAUUUUCAUUUAGAUGUAACUGUGUUGUCUUUCAAGAUUGACUAAAAAUAGCUUAAUUUGAUCAUUUCAUCCCAAUUUUUAUAUGGUAGUUUUCCAGCAUCCUGCUAAUUUUCCUACCUCUCUCCCCUGUUGCAUACUUGCUUCUUCUACCCUGUCUUCCCUUUCUGUAGGAAUCUCUCAGUUCCCCAUUGCAUUCAUCACCUUCACCUGCCUCCCCACUCCUCUGGGACUCUCCUUCAAGCCCUUAAUAGGAGAUGAGAAUAAAAAAGUGUUUGUUUAAAAUAAAUUUUAAAAACAUGCAAUAAAUAAAUAAUACAUGAAAAAUAUUGUAACUGUCUUUUCCAGGCUUCAUGCCCAGGAAAUAAGUAAUUGUAUUUAUACCAUUAUAAAUUAUAAAUAUUUUCCAAGGGUCUGAAAUUUGGUACAGAAGCUAGCCAGUGAGCUAGUUAAUUUUUAACAAGUCAUGUAAGAAAUGGAUGGGUAUUUGUUUCUCCUUCAAAUUCAAUCAUAUUUUGCAUAUCUUUAAAUUUAAAGAAAAUAUUUCUACCAAGUUGAAAGAAAAGUUAUCAAUUUUUUUUUCUAUAUGAGUUUGCUUAAAAUGCAAAUCGGUAGUUUAUAUAAAAACAAGUUAUACUGUAUGCAUAUUCAGUGCCAGAGUGUCUUCCUGACUUCUCAAAAUCAGAUGGCUCCCACCAAAUCAUCAGUAUGAUUUGAAAAAGUAGAUCAAGGGGAAAUCAAAAAGCUUUAUAUGUAUAUAUUGAUAUAUAUAGCUUGCCUUUGUAUGUUUGUUACCUAUCUGCAUAUUUUUGUGUUAAAAAGAAAGUUGUAUUUACAUUCUCUUUUUCCAAGAUUAUCCUCUGCAAAUUAAUAUGGGGAUACUCAAAGGCUUGGGAUUGGGUGGAUUCUACUUACCUUUACUAUCAGUUCGCAACAGGAGCGUGUGUGCUUCUGCGCAUGCACAGAUGGUCAAUUAUGGCAGGUGGGUGGAGCCUCCCGCCACUUUUACUACCAGUUCUAAAGAACCGGACACACCCAGAAGCAACCCACCCCUCCUUGGAUGUAACACUUAAAUCCUUCCUAUUUUACCCCAAAAUGCCAACACCUUACUGAGUUCAAACUUAAGAAAGUAACAUUCUGAACAAGGGUGUAAAAGAGCUAGGAUGUCUAAAAUAGGGAUACUCUAUCUGGCCUGCAAAAAUUCAGAGAAUGACAAAAUGGUAGCAAAGAAUUUUCUGUAGGUUUUUGCUGCUGAUUUAUUUUUAUUUAUUUAUUUUUUUUGUCAGAACCACAGUAUGUCUUGUCUGUAGAACAAUAUACUUGAAUAUUUGAGGGGAAUUUUCCCAUAGAGAUGCAAUCAGAAAUGAAGGAAAAGCUGGCAGCAUUGUAAAUAAAACACAAGAUAGAAGAUGACAAGAGGACUGGAAUAGAAGAAAUUUUAAAUUUCAAGAUUUCAGUUCUUAAUGGUUAUUAAUUUACACCAGGAAGUAUUUCUGAUGGGCAACUUAAGAUAAAGAGGUCAAGCCAGAGAUUCCUUUUAAGUAUCUAAGUGAACAUGGAAAAUUAUACCUGCCCUUAAACAGCUUUAUCUUCACCUUAUAAAUUCCUAUAUUCUCAACCUAAUAAUAGUGUAAAAUUAAGGCAUUAAACUAAAGCUCAGUUGUGGAUGUACUGAAAGUCAUAACUUUGGGGGGAAAUGAUAUAUCUAGAGAGAACAAACUAGCUAUUCCAUUAAUAAUAAAUUCCAGUUAAACUUAUCUCGAUAUAAGAAGGAAGAGUUGUUAACCGUUUAUGUGGAUGCCGGGUGGAAGUUAGGCCCCUCCCAUAAAAUGAGCCAACUAGAAUACAUAUCCAACCUCAGAAUCUUGAGACAGCUAUUGCAGCCUUUAUACUGGUAUUCGCCACUUUUGGGACAUGUGGACUAACUUCCAGAAUUUCUGGAAUUUGAAGUCCACAUGUUUUAAAGUUGCCACGGUUGAGAAACAAUGCUUUAGACCAUUAGUGGCUCUUUUCCAAAAACCAAACUUGUUUUUGAUCUCUGUUUUGAGGGAUGCUUCCUUGUGCUUUGAAAAAUCAAAAUGACAAGAUUGUGGUCUCUCACUGACUGAGAGUUUGUGCAGUCUACUGCCAAGUAAUUCAGUAUGGUAUGGGAGCAUUAAUUUAAGAGCACAAGUCAAUGUGAUCUGGUGCUGAUUGUAGAGAUUCAUUCAAAUUAUCAUUGGCCUACCAAUAUACCAAUAUAAGAUACACUAGUAUCUAUCAUCGUCAUUCAUCUGUACACAUACAUUGUUUCCAAAUAUUUGAUAUUUGAAAGCAUAUUAUUCCUGACUUCAAUAAAAUACACCCAUUAUGACUUAAAGCCAUCGAUAACAUUAAUAUUCUGAAAUUCAGUCAAAUGACAGGGCAAAACUUCUAGCAACUGCUGUAUAUUUGUAUAAGUGUAGCUUUGUGCUGGGUUGAGAAGCUUUUCCUUUAAUCUUUUAAACCAGUUUUUAUUCUGUUUUAUUGGAUGACCUGGGGUCUGAAUAUCAGGACAAAUCUUCUUUCCCCACACUUUACAUAAUUUUGUGUAUGCCUUUUAUUUUUUUCCCAAGCAAGAAGUUCCAACUUUUUGACAUUUGCCAUCUUCCCAACUUUAUAAUAUUCUUGUUUGAGGUACAAAUAUCAGAACUGUAUGCCAUCAAUUUUGUAAAUGUAUUUGAAACAAAGAUUUGAAUAAAAAUUACAAUUUUGUUAUUAUUGA